AUGCUGAUCAAUUCGUGGCCGAAACUCUUUACAUGGUUAUUCUUGGCAAACCAGCUUCAGGUCCUUGUUGCUGAUGUUGAAUUGAAGCCUGACAGAAAAUCAGAAUACGAACUGGCUUGUAAGUUUUGAAUUUCUGUUUCUUUUGUGAUUUUUUUUGAAUUUGGACGUUUUUGGACUUUUUUUUAUUAUAAUGUCAAUGUUUUUGCGCCUUAUUUUUUGAUUUUUAUAAAUUUUUUAUUCUUGGAAUGGGUAAUUAGUUUCUUUGUGUUAUAUUACUGAUGGCUGUUUCAGUGAAUGGUGUGUGCUCAUCGUUGAUAAUCAAGUUCGAUAUCGACGAGUUCAGAGAGAAAUACAAAGACGAAGCUACGAAUGUCUUCAAAGGUAAUUUUUAAAUCUUUAUUUUACUUAUAUGUCUUUGUUUAUCAAUUUUUUUUAUGUAUAUGAAGGCCUAUAUUCAGAAUUAAGAUAGCUCGUGUUAGGUCUAACUCUAUUUAUAAAUUUAUUCGAUGUGUGAAGCUAGUUUUUGCUAUUCUUGGUUAUUCGUGGCGAAUGAGCUGUGUACAAGUUUUUAAAACUAUGACUGAUGGUUAUAAAAGGUGAUUUAUAUACUACCCCAGGUUCUAAAUGUAUUUGGGUUCAGUUUAAGUUGCUCUAAUCUAUUUGAAUUUAGGAAUUUUAUCCGAACAGAGUGGUGCAGGCUUUUGGAAGAACGAAAUCGCUCGUGCUUACGCGAAUGCUUUGGCUGGUUCGAUUUUGGCCUUUUCUCAAUCGGACUGUCGCUUCAUCAACGGCGAUAUGCACAUCGACUGGGUUCAUCCGUUCAGUUUUGGUUUGUCCACGAUGCUGAGACAUGUUUACGUUGUAAGUUGGGGCGGGAAUUCUUUUGGUAGAGGGGUGUUUUUACAAGUUGGGCUUAAAAUUAAAAAAUUUUUUGAGACUUUCUCCUCCCCGCCCCUUCUCCCACUGCUUGGCCUUAGGGGUUAAAAACGGGUUGUUUAGACUAUUUUAAUGUUUCUUACUAAAUCUUAUCAUUUUAAUACGUUUUUAACUUUAGGUCACUGGAACUUUAUCCGGCUUUGCAGCAGCCGCUUCUGGUCGUGGUCGUAUUGACUUGACCGGCAUUAACCGUGUCAUGAACCGCGACAACAAGCCAUACAGUAUCGACUUUGAUCUGAUGCGAAAGGAAGGUGAAAAUAUCCUCCAACUUAUGAUGUUUGAAAUGUAUCAGGGAAUGUGUGAGUUUUUGAUGGUUUUGUUUGUGUUUAGGUUGUUUCAAGUCUUUAAAUGGUCAAGCUACCUGUGGACGACUUUUUAGAUUGAUUUUUUAUUAGGUUGACUCGAAACUAGCGGGACACCUUUUAGUUGAAAAAUAAAGGAAAAGUGUCCCUUUACUUUCUGUGCAAUCUAAUGUUUUGUCUUUUAUAGGGGUCGGAGGAAAGCUGCACGUUUCUGAGUACGUACUCACUGAUUCAAACACCCUCAAGAAGGGCACGGUUAUGGAUGCGGCCUUGACUAAGAAUGUUAAUGCUCGUGGCGUUCAAAUUCAAUACAACCGUCUUUCCGGGUAUUCUGUAAAUCAUAUUGCGAUUGGGGAUUCGUCUUGUGCCAACGGAAAUCUGCCGGAUAAGACGUGUUGUCCAGAAAAGUGCAAACUCGGGUGCUUUAGUACUUCAAAGGGUGUAGGCUGCUCGGUGAGUUAUAUAACGUUUUAUUGUAGUAUGUGUAAUGGCGAAAAGGGAUGUAUAAGUUCAUGUAGUAGCGGAAGGGAAUGUAUAAGUUAAUGUUGUAGCGAAAAGAAAUGUAUAAAUAGUAAUUGUGUGUGCUGUAGUAGCGAUGUUAUUCAACUUGUGUUUAUUAAAUUUGUUUAGAGUUGCCCGGAAGGUUCAUAUUGGAAUCAUGGGAGCGAGGACUGCGUAACAUGCAACAACGAAAACAUUUUGGAUCAAUUCUGUGUUGCUGGGGAAAAGUCCCAGUGUCCUCGUGGGUUUUAUUGACUUGCCAUUUAUUAUAUUAGGUUUAAGUUUUAUUUUGUUUAAGUUUAUAUGAGAUACAAAUAAUUUUGUGCCUCUUUUCAUGGCAAAUUUUUGGGAUUAGGGGGUACAGAGUUAUUUGAACAACUUUAUACUAACCUAAUAUCAAUCAUCUAGUACUAACCUAUUAUGAAUCAUCUAAUACUAACUCAAUGUACAAUCUACUUCCCUAAAAUAGUUACUUCUGCUUAUUUUGGUAGUCUAUAUCAGUUUUUUUGCAGCACCAUUGGUUCAGAUCGGAAACACUUGCUCGUACACAUGUCCCGCCGGUACCUCGAUCUCGGAAUCAAUGGAUGAAAUUCGCAAAAAUAAAGUUUCUACAGUUCCGGUAUGCAAGCCUUGUUCUUACACCUUUUCCCGCAGCGACUUUACCUUCCCGAGAGCAAAAACUUGUGCUAAAAGUAAGGUUUUUUGGAGGUUUUGUGCUCAUAAAUCAUUUGAAUGAUGUAUUAGGUUUAACCUAAAGAAGCGGGACACUUUUGAAAAUCGAAUGAAAAGUGUCCCGCUACUUUUGUUCAACCUAAUAAUAGGAGGUAGGAGUGGAGAGCUCUAGCCCCUACCUUAAUGUACAGACGUUGAUAUAACUCGUUUCGUUUAGCCUGCACUCACACUGGCUUGUUGACCCUGUUCAAUGGCUUGGAGGACUGCAAAAUUCUGAUCGGCAAUGUCAUCAUCAACCAGUGGACAAUGGGACAGCGCACCUCACUCGAGAUGAACGAAAGGUUUAUCAAGUUCUUUGAUCAAUUCCAACAAAUUUAUGGAAACGUUAUUGUGCACGACCUUCUGAACGUUGUCACCUUUGACUACUUCCGCAAUUUGCGUGGCGUCGAAGGGUGAGUCUGGCAAGGUUUAUAUUUUUGGUAUUUGGGGACAUUUUAUGCUCUUUCAUCCUAUAUAUCCUUCCUAUAUAGGUCACGUUUUAUAACACGAGGGAUUUUGUGCAACUCUUUUGUAAGGGGGAUUCUUUGCGAUAUAAUUGAAUAAGUUUUUUGUUUUCAGUACGUUGAGCUUCUUGGACAAUGACAUGCUCGCUCACCUGCCGCUGAAUUCCAUGUCGACGGGUGGCAUCGCGAACCUCACGCUCAAGAGAAACCAUCGUUUGAACGUGGCGGCACGUAAAAACUUUAUUAACCGCGUGGUUCGUGGAAAGAAGCAGAUUUGGUACAACAUGAAGCCCACGACCUACCAAGGAUUUGGUGCGAGCGUUGAGGAAAUGUACGACAAUUACGCAACUCUCACUUAUCCUACUUACGAUGUCAUUUCGUGCCCAAGUAACACGCCAUUUGUGGUGAAGGAUCCCAAGGGUAAAAAUGUGAGGAUUUUUUUUUGUAAUCAAUUUUUUGUCUUAACAUGGGAGUCUAAAUUCACCUUUUUCAACAUUUUUAAAUCCUGUUGGGUUUUUUGAUUCACAAGGAAAGUACUGGACCUGACAAACUCAGAAACAGCUCAAAUUUUAUAUAAAUCAUUUGUACCACCAAUAGUACCCAUAAAAAAUUUUAGCUCGCGAUUUUGAGUUUUAAAAUUUGAACAACCUACUCUAAUAUAAUAUGAACAGUCUAAUUUAAUCUACUCUAAUAUAAUAUGAACAAUCUAAUACUAUAAUAUUUAUUACAUUUACAGACGUGCAAAAAAGAUAUUCCGACUCCUGAUGGUUCAUGUUCAGAGACUUGUGAUGGUGGAUGUGUGGACAAUGGACAAACGUCGUGGCAUUGCGCCAAAUGCAAAGCCCUGGAGGUGGAUGCGGUUAACGUGCAAACUUGUGUCGGUGAGCAGUGCCCGGUCGGAUACUUUAAAGAUGGCAAGAAGUGCCGUAGAUGUCACCGCAACUGCAUUAGGUCAGUAUGGCGUUUUUAGUUUGGAAGGGGAGGAUUGGAAUGUUUUGAAGCGGUCCAGAGUCUCACGCUCCAGAAAUUGAAAUUGGGCUUUGUUUUUAAUUUUAAAAAGUUUUCUCUAGUGAUUGUUGAUUUUUAGCUGCACCAAGUACACGGAUACUCAUGGUAAAGAAUGUAGCUGCCAACUCGUCUAUUUGAAUGUGAAUCAUACUGUAAGUUGAAGGCUUUUGUACAUUGUUACGUAUAGUAUGAUAACUUAGUCUUUACAAAGCCCAACUCAGCUUUUACUUUAGUCCUAUUAAGAAAAAGUGGCAAGAACUUUCUUUACAAAGCUAAAAAUUGCAAGAACUUUGUUUACAAAACAAAAAGUGCCAAGAACUUUACUUACUAAACGGUAAAUGGCAAGAAUUUUUUUUGGCAAAGCAAAAUAUGGCAAGAACUUUCUUUAAAAAGCAAAAUAUAGCAAGAACUUUCUUUACAAACAUAAAAUGGCAACAACUUUAUUCUAAGCACGAGUUGGUACUACCUUGUCUUACCAAACCAAUGAGUUUGUAGUACUUUGAGUAAGAUCUGGCUGAAAAGCGAUUGUGAAAUAACCUAACUUCUCUGUUUCAGUUGGCUUGCUUCCCGUUCAUCUCGUCUCACAGUGGCAUGGGUGAAGACGCCUUCACCACCGUCAUCCACAACAUCUUGUCCUUCGAAGACGAAAAGUUAUAA